GAAAACAAACUUUUUAUUUUUAAGCUGCACAAUAUUUUCAGCAAUUAUUUAUGAAGUCGAGCCUUUCCUUGAUUUCGACGAGUUGAAAACAAUUCACUAUGGUAUUGACAUAUUGAAUAAUCCAGUUUUGCUGGGAAAGGAAUUACCUGUGGGUUCAAUACAACUAACAUCCAAAUAUGGACAGAACUACCAAUGUUCUGUUCCGGAUCAGGUGGAACAGGAACGUCGGCAAGAAGAAAGAGAGAGGGUUGCGUUGGAAACAGGAGUACUAGAAUUAUUGAAACCCAUGGAAACGUCUGCAUGUUUAAUCAAGACAAGAGAUUGGUGGAGUUAUGAAUUUUGUUACAAAAAACAUAUCCGUCAGUUUCAUCUCGAAGAUGGUAAAAUAAAAGGUGAUGUCAUUUUCAUUGGACAAUAUGAAUCUGAUUUUGAUUGGAAUAAUGAAACCCUAACAGAGCAGAAAUUAAAAAACAGUCAUGCAUUAAAUAGAUAUCAUAGUCAGAAAUAUGUUAAUGGUUCUAAAUGUGAACUAACAAAUGGUUUCAGAUCGGCUGAAGUCAGAUUUAUAUGUGAAGAUACAGUAAAUGAUUAUAUAUCUAGAAUAGAUGAACCACAGACCUGUGCCUAUAUAUUAACAGUUCAUACCAAUAAAAUAUGUAAUCAUCCCCACCUGAAACCUGCUUCACCUAAAACACCUGUACCUAUUACCUGUAAUCCAUUAGUUGAUCAACAACAAUAUAACGAUUAUCUUUUAGACCUGGCAGCUGAAGAAGAAAGGAGAAAAGAAGCUGAACUAAAAGAAAGAAUAGCUCAAUUAGAGAAUGAGAAAAAGGACAGAUUAACUCAACUUGAAACAGAGAAACAAGCUCGUUUACAAGAUGCAGAGAUCGGAGAUGAUCAAACAGUUUUAACUGGUCGAACUGAAACCCAUAGAGUUGUUGGUGAUUCUAGUAAAGCAUUAGAUGUACCACAAUUAGAAAAAGCUAUACAUAAAGCCUUUGAUAAAGAAAUUAAUAAAAUAGAAGAACAAACAGGAACUGAGUCAACAGAUAUGAAGAUGUCUAUAAAAGUCAUAGAAAAUAUGGAAGAUUUAGAAAGUGUUUUACGAGAACAAUUAACAGAGGCACAAAAACAGAAAACCGCUAAAUUAAGAAAAUCAUCUAAAAUUGAUAAAGAUAGGAAGAAAGAAGAAUCAGAAAUAAUUAACAGGCAAAAGGAGAAUUUAAACACAGAAAAAUCUGAUGAUGAAAAUAAAGAAAAAACAGAUGAAGAUGAAGAGAUUAUUGGACAAUUUCAACAAGAAAUAGAUGAAGUAAAGAAAGUAUUUCAAGCUCAAGAUCCAGAAAUAAAAGAUCAAAUUAGUGAAUCUGUUCGAUCACAGUUUGAAACAAUUAUCAAUGAGAUUCUACUCGGAAGUAAGCUAAAUGAAAUGAUGAAUAUUGCCCACCGAAUUCCGUAUUUAGUCAUGGGAAUAGUUUCACAUUUACGGAUAUACUACACAAUCCAGAAUUUGAGUUUCAGACAAAUUCUUGAUGGUCAGAUGAAGAAACUAAGUAACAUGGGCCUGGCAACGUUCGUCUUCCGAAUCGUUUGACAACAUUGUACAAAAAA